AUGGUCAAGGAUAUAGCAUCACCGUCAGAAGCAGACCUCAUACCUGAGGCCAUGACUCCAGUACCACGGGGAUAUCACUCCCAGGGAAAGGAUGAAUCCUGCGAAGUCAUGUCGCUAGCUGACAAUCUCGCACAAGUUGUUUCCUUGGGAGCAACAUCGGAGAAUGCCAAUUAUGAUGAUGGGAGUGCCGUUAAGACGGCGAAGCGUUCCACUAGGGAGGUUUCGGUAGCAUCCACGAAGAAGCCUCUUCAUUUACUGGGUUUGCCCAUGGAUAUUCUUCAGGACAUCAUAAAAGAGGUGACUCACACGAACGAUCUCACAUCACUCGCUCUGACGUGUUCUGCCCUCCAUGCUUUGGCGAUUCCCCAAAUGUACUCUCGAUUCGAUAUAGUAUGGCCCGACACUCUAUCGUCUUCGGAUCACCCUGCUGGAGUUGACGCUCUCUCAUACGGCCUCGCAACGCUGGUGAUGGGAGAAGACUUGUUCCACGAGACUCCGUCCACCGGCCGUUCACCUUGUCAGCAUUGCGGUUGCGAUGGUCGGCAUGGACAGAUGCCUAAUCAACGUGAACGAAUGACAUUAGGCGAAUCUGUGCCGGCACCAACACAACAAAGAGCAAUGCGGCAAAUGCGGCGGGGGAAUUAUUACGCCCAAUACACUCGCAAGUUCUCGGUGGGAAAUGGCCCUUUAGCAUGGGUCCAGGAAUACGCUGUGACUAAGGAGACGGGCAAGAUGCUCGGGACGCUGGUUGCCCUGGCCGUGGCUCGCAUGGUGAAUCUGGAAACAUUUAUCUGGGAUAUGCCGACAGGUGUCGUGAGGGAUGUAUGGAUGGCCCUUUCGUCCUUGGCUAACCGUCCUGGCCGUGACUGCCGUCUGGAACGCGUCUGGGUUCGCUGGCAUGAUAAUACUGAAAAUGCAAUGCGCCCCGCGUCAGGUUUACUUCCGUCCGCCUCAGUGUCACCUCUGGUCCGAUAUUCGCAUGUUGAAUAUCCUUCUCUAUCGAUACUGCCGCCUCUGAAAAGCUUAAGUGUGCUCGACAUCGAUGAGCCAUCUUAUCUUGAAGAAAUGGCCGUGCUCAUCGAUCGCUCUCGAGAUCGUCUGACUGAGUUACGAAUUGGGAUAUCCUCAAGGGUAUACCAGUGCGAUUGGCUGAAACCUCGAAGCGCCGCUUCUGCGCCGGAGGAUGCAUCCGAUGAGAAUCCACAUAAUUGGCCUAAGGCCGGUGGUGUGCUGGAACUCCUCUUAGGAAAGUGGCAAGAUUAUUUAGGUCACGGGGAGAGUUCUGUACAGUCUUCAUCGAUCAAGAAAGGCUUUACCGGAGAGCAAGUGAUGUCGCACGACGAGUUGAUUGAAACAAUCUCCGAUGGUGAUAGUACUAGUCCAGAGCCCCAAUCACCGAAUCAUCUGACGGGAAAUAAAGUCGCUGCAUCAACUACAGUGCAGGCUGUCUCUGAGACGUCGGACAAGAUGCCGUCGGCAUCUUGCUACAGCACAUCUCGUACAGAAACAGAAUCUGACCGAAUUCUGAGGCUAGAGAUUCUUGAAUUGGAGCGCGUUUUCCUAUGCAUUCCUGUGAUUCUACAAGCCAUUGACUGGACACGAGUCACCACAUUGACUAUCCUUCGCUGUGACGGGCAUGAAAAACUUUGGAGGGCGCUCCGUCGACAAUACGCCCCUUCGGCUUCUCGAAAUACUCCAAAUUAUGCGAUGCAUCAGGAUGAUCAGGCUUCUCAGUCUGAGUAUCCUCUAAGGAUAAAGCACAUUCAUACGGACUCUGUCUCCCCUUACCUAUUGCUAUUUAUCAAGGACGCCAUUGCCCGCAACACACUGGAAACCGUCUUUCUGCACGAGGCCCCCCUGUACGACUCUAUUGUCCAUAUCGAGGCAAUCUACAGGAAUAUCAUACGGGCCCACCGCCUGAGUCUGAGAAAGAUAUUGAUCGAUAGCACCGAGCGGUCGCCCAACGGAACUGAGGUGGGCACCAGUCGUUGGCGCAAGUGGAUGUUCACACGUAAAAUGAUCUCGUUCAUCACCAGUGGGCGCAUGCCAAAGCUGCGUGAGCUGUCCAUGACGAUCAAUUCCAAGGACUGGCACUAUUUCCUUCAACGACUUCCCUACAUUCCUCAUCUCCGAGCUCUUCACAUCCCGCACAUCGCCAAUCCUGUUCAUCGGAGCCCCAAAGAAUUGGCCUUGCAGAUCUUGGAUAUCGUGACUAUACGACCCGAGGUUGGGAUCGGCUACAUCGGAAUUCAAUCCAAGUGCUAUGAGAUCGUCGAGAGUAAGCGCGGCAACAAGGAUGACGACCUAGAUGAUACAGACGAUAGUCACAGCGAAGGGUUUGUUCCAGGGGGCGGACCGUGGCCAGCGUCUGACAUGAACGAGAGCGAGGAUGAAGAUGGGAUGGACGGCGUCAUGGAGUCGAGCUCCGAGCUGUCCGACUAUGGGGCUUCAUCUGAUGAUGAAUCCAGCUCCGACUGUACCCGAUCCCGGACGACGUUCAAGCUCAGAGAGAUCUUGUUUUAUGACGAUAAAAUAUCCAUAUUUAAAGCGCGACACGGUGUUCUGUAG